UUAUAAAUCAGAAACUAAUCGGGAAAGCUUACCUUUGGUUUCUUUAGUCGGAUUUGGUUGAACCCCACAGUUAAAUACCCUAAUCUCUCUCUCUCUCUCUCUCUCCUCGCAUCGUAGCAAACCCUAAAUAAAUCUGAGAUCAAUUUCCUCCGAUGGCGAAAAACCCUAGAGUGUUCCUGGACAUUGCCGUGAACUUCAAGACAGUUGGUCGGGUCGUGAUAGAGCUCUGGGCCGACACGACCCCGGAGACGGCUGAGAACUUUAGGUGUCUCUGUACAGGGGAGAAAGGAAUAGGGGAGUCUUAUGGUAUACCACUCCACUAAAAGGGAUCCAUCAUCCACUCUGUGAGCCCAGGUAUGAUGUGGUACGUAGGAGAUAUCACUCACGGGAACGGAUACGGAGGACGCGAGUCGAUCUACGGGCAUGGCCAUGUAGUCACGGACGAUAAGUUGAUAAAGAAGCACGACCGUAAAGGUGUCCUCUCCAUGGUCAGCUGUGAUGUUGAAAACGUCAUCGGGUCUCAGUUCAUGCUCCUCAUGAAGGAGUAUCCUGACCUCGAUGGCGACCAGAUCGCGUUUGGACAAGUUGUGCAAGGGUUUGAGGUGAUCAGUCAAGUUGAGCAGAUGGUCGGUUAUGGAUUGCGUUACCCUUUCCAGCCUGUGACAAUCGCCGACUGCGGUCAGCUUGAUGAGGCUGGUUCUGUCUCAACAAUGGUAGGUUGUUGUGUCCCGGAACAUGUUGACAAGAUGCUCAAACAUUUGCGAGCUUGGCAACUGAAGACCACCGAGAUGGAGACUAUACUGUCAAAGCAGACCAUUUCAUAUCAAAAUGGAAACCUAGAAUUCGAGAGAGUGGAGUCCCUUGCUCUGUAUAAGCUGUUAAGGGUACCUUGUAUUGUACCCACAGAAUAGUAGAGCAGUCGGUGCCACAGGAAAGUGGAGGAGAAGGCUCCUCUCGUCAUGGCAUACCUGAAGAGCACUCUGUGGCACAUGCAAAACAAGAGGAAGGCGAUGGUCUCGUUUAGUAGCCUUCUGCUUGUUUUUUAAUGUUAUGUUUCAUUCGUUUACCUUCUUGUUUUAAUUUGGAUACUAUUAAACUUG